AUGACAGCUCCUUCGAAGCCCAUAGAGCUUUGCCAAUGCGGGCAGCGCCAGGGCGAGCUGCGUUGCUGCGAAUGCAUUGGCGACGACCUCCUUUGCUCAUCCUGCAUUGCCGACGUCCAUCGAAGCCUUCCGCUUCACAGUAUUGAGAAAUGGACGGGCACUCAUUUCGAGCGAGCAACGCUCCGAGACUGCAGCCUUGUUGUUCAGCUUGGCCAUUCACCUGGCCGAAUGUGUGUAUCGCCCAUCCCGGCUCACUCGAAGUUCACUGUUGUCCACACAAAUGGCUCGCAUCUUGUCAAGGUGUUAUACUGUGGCUGCUCUGGCGUCGAACCUCAUAUCCAACUACUCCGAACGCGAUGGUUCCCCGCAUCAUGGCAAUGCCCCCGUACAGCUAUCACUUUCGACUACCUCAACACCUUCCAUCUUUUGUCGCUUACGGCCAAGACGACACUUUGGGAUUACUACCAGGCUACCGAAUUCAAGGCUGAUAACGCUCGUCUACAGCCUGUGAAGCACCACCGUAAUGCGGUUUCGUUUGCAGUUCGAGUAUGGCGCCACUUGAAGUCUUUGCUGCGAGCCGGCAGCGGCUACAUCCCCGAAGGUGCCCAAUCCACGCCGCGUGGCGCCCUUUCCAUCAAAUGCCCAUCGUGUCCGCACCCUGAUAUCAACUUGCCGGCCGACUGGAAGAGCUUGCCGCCGGACGAAAGAUGGAAAUACGCAUUGUUCAUCGCAGUCGACGGAAACUUCAAGCUCAAACUUAAAGAUCGCGGUGUCAAAGACGUGCAAUUUGGGUCAGGGUGGUCGUAUUUCGUUGAGCCGGAGGCGUAUCACAAGCACAUCUCGGAGGCGACACAGCUGGAUGAGAUUCCUCCAUGCGGCAGUCAGCACAAUGCCGUUCAACAGGCUCUCACCCGUGGUAAUUCCAAGACUAUUGCUACCGGCAUUGCCGGCGUUGUUUGCUCGCGCCACGUCAUGAUGCUGCCGAACGGGAUCGGUGAACUCCAGAAGGGGGAACGAUAUGCCAAUAUUGACUUCGUUGUCGCCUCCGCCCUCUCCGUCGUCGGCAAAGAUAUCGAGGUCCUCAACAUGUCGUACGACAUCAUGUGUAUCUACAGCGUCAACAUGCGGUCCCGCUUCGCCUUACUUCCGGCAAUCAUUCUUAUCCCCUGGUUCCUCGUCAUCCGGGCAUUCAUCCCGAAGUUUCACCUUUAUGCGCACGGCGCCUCGUGUCAAACACGCUACUCUUACAACGUCAAUUGCGGUGUCGGCCGCACACACGGCGAAAGUGUUGAGCAAAACUGGGCGUACCUCGCCCUCGCCGCUACAAGUAUCCGCGAGAUGGGACUGGGGCAUUGGAGGCUCGUCCUCGAAGACAUGGUUGGAGGUGCAAACUUCCGGAAGAAGGUCAAUCUCGGCCAUCACUUUACCACCCACUUGCCUGACGCCGUGCAGCUUCGCGACGCCUAUCAAGAGAUCGCCAACAAUUUCACUGCGACGUUUCCAUCUGAAAUCGUAGCGAAAUGGCGUUCCAUGGUAGUCGCGUGGCAGAACGAUCAUUCACAGCCGGAUCCCUUCGCCGAACCGGAGACAGGCAAUAAUUUGGACUCGUUGCGCGAGGAGCUGUUGCGCGAGGAGGCCACCUCCCCAUCGACAUUGCUGCAGGGAUCGGUAACGCCAUCGGAGUUCAUCAGAAUGGGCUUCGUGCUCGAGGACAAGCAACGUGCUAUCCGCCUUCGCGCAACCAGUUCAACCCAACGCACCGCUGCGCAAAGGGUCUCUCUCCAACAGAUGAGAGUGUCACUCAAGCAUAGCCUCGCCAACUACUUCAAGGUGCAGGCCGUGUAUAUGCCGGACUGUCCGGGCGUUCGGGAUACUUUAGACGGCGUUGCUGACGGACCAAUCUCGGACGAGCACCUCGGAGGGGCGCACCCCGAGAAUGCGCGACUUCUCUUGCCUUCCUGCGUCAAAGCAGAGGUCCGUGCCGACAUCUGCCGGUUUGAUGUUGCGAAGGUCGAAUACCGAAUGCGGAUCGCACAGGCUGAAGACGCUCUCACGGAUAUACGCCGACUUCGGCGCGUCUACCAGGGGCUCCGGUCCCGGUUGCGCAAGAAUGUCUUCGGUGUUGGUCAAUCCACCAAUACGCGGUCGCAGGCUAUCAUCAAGGGCUUUUCCGACAAGCUGGAGAACCAAAAGCACAAGUACCGUGCCGCCUUCAAUGCGCUCAAAGCACUUGAUCCGACAGGCAACUGGAGGACAUAUCUACUGGAGCUGAACGAUGCGGAUGUCAGCGGUCCCGGACAGGAUGAGGACGACGAGAUCGAACAACGCGUCCGCCUGCAACAAAAAUACGCGAAAUCCUGGAUCUGGACGACACCUGUUCCAAACGGCCUCCCUCUUUCCUCUUCUGACAUCUCCGAUUUGGAGCUCAACGAGCAAAUUCGCACCGAGUGGGCAAAGACGGAUGCUCGCGCGGCACGAUGGGCUGAAGAAGUCGUUUUGCUUCAGGAAGAAAUGCGACGUACCCUCCAUUGGUUCGAAUGGCAAGCGUCAUGGUGGAAGAUGCAGCCUGCGCGCCGUGGAGACGCACCACCGCAUCUUAGGGCCGGUCUCCAUGCUUACGCACACAAGCAAGCUGCCAUUCUGCGGAAGCAGGCACGGAACUUCGCAGGGCAGUGGAUCCCGAUAAUGCUCGAACAUGGGUUUUCUGCGGAAUGGAUUGGUCGUUAU